UAUCCUGCUGCUGCUGCUGAUGAUGCCGGUAGCGGUGGGAGGAGGAUAUCGAGGAAGAGGUUGGCUGCCGUGACGCGUUAAUCCGUGUCUCCCCACUCCGCACCACCAUCAACCACCAGCACCACGGCAUCUACCACGACCACCAGCGGUCACCAACGUCGUGAGCCCGUCCCAUCAUGAGGCAAAGCGACAGAUCGUGAUGGUGCCCUCGGCAGUGAACCCGGCAUGGCCGUCACUCUGUCGCGCUGCCCAGACCCGUGCGGGAUCUUCUGCGUGCUGCUCACAUACGCGUGCGUGGGAUAUGCCGAGUACGCGUGUCUCGCAGCCGUGAUACUGCCUGGCUACUCUGGCAGUGGCUGGUGGCGUUACCUCCACGCGUCCCUCUACACGCUCGAUAUCCUCUUCCUCCUCGCUGCCCACACGCGCGCCAUGCUCGCCGACCCAGGUGUGGUCCCUCUGCCCGCGACAGCCAUCGACUUCUCGGACAUCCGUUCGAGCGCCACGCGUAACGGCGCGGAGCAGGCCAGCGAGUCGUGGACCGUGUGCAAUCGGUGCGAGGCGUACCGGCCUCCCCGGGCCCACCACUGCCGCAUGUGCCAACGCUGCAUUCGACGCAUGGACCAUCACUGCCCCUGGAUAAACAACUGCGUGGGGGAGCUGAAUCAGAAGUACUUCAUCCAGUUCCUCCUCUACACCGGCAUCGGCAGCAUCUAUGCACUCCUCCUGGUCCUCGCCAAGUUGGUGACGAGUGGCAAAGAGAAGAAACCUGAGGAGGAAGCGGAAAGCCAAGCCUCAGUGGCGCACACCAUCGUCCUACUCGUGGAGUCUCUCCUGUUUGGCAUCUUUGUGAUCGUCAUCCUCUACGACCAGCUGACGUCCGUGCUGGCCGACGAGACGGCGGUGGAGCAGCUAAUGAAGCAGGCGUCGCGCGACGCCAGGCGGCCACGCAGGAGGAGCGGCAUGGCCGUGCUACGGGAGGUGUUCGGACGCGGUUACAUCGCGCUGUGGCUCUGUCCCUGCGACUCUCCCCCAUCAGAGACCGGGUACAGCCACGUGCCCGACCACGACGUCUGAGCAGACUCUUGCUAGCUAGCCCCCUGCCCUUAGGCGCCUCCCACCACGCACGCACACAACAACAACAACAGCAACAACGACAACAACGUUCGCAACGGCCGUCAGUCACCACUAAGUGGUGGUGAUGUCACCGCCACUGAUCUUGCAAUGGCUCUCGUGUCAGGCUAGGUGCAUUUUAGAGUCCUCCCCUAUCCCACGUGCUUCAACGCAUUUCGGAUGCAUGACGAGCGGUAACAUAAUGCCACGUGGAUUCAGAGUUUUUCAUUUAGACUGGAGGAAUCCGACGCGUGUGAAUGCACCCAUCGAUCGGUUAUUCUGCACGCGCGUACAUUUUAUGCAAACGAUUCCUGCGGGGCUACCGAUCAGGACGGGCGAGGCGGGCAGUGCAAACGACACGACAGACGUCAAAACACAACAGUAGAGACGAGGCAUCCAGUGGACACAACGGAGUGAAGACCAUAGCAGUUGGGACAUCCUGUACAAAACGAGACGAUACCAAGGAGACCUUGAGACUGGGUGAUUCACGCCCGGGUAAAUUAAGGCAAUCAUUGUUGCAUGCUGGGGUCUGUUUCGCCUCGUCGAAAUACAAUCACACUCAGGCCCACCGGCCUUGCGAGGAGUGCUACUCAGUCGCAUUCAUUUCAGCAGCAAACUCUGCGCCGGUUUUACUUCUCUGGUUCUCAUCAGCAGGGAGUUGCCAGUUAGACAGAAUCCUACCGAGAUCUUGUGCGAUGCUCACACAUGUCUGAAUCUUUGCCAGUGACAAAGACAUCAGACUUGGGAGUCGGCUUCAAUGCAGUGAUGUCACUUAGACUGCGGCUUGCGACAAUUCGGCGAAUCUCUGGGAGGGGAUUUGCAGAAGGUGGGGGGCUUGCAUUCGAUACGUGCACAGUACGAGCACCAAGUACGUCUUGCAUGAGUUAGCUGCCAGGGUGUGUUCGCAAAGUAUGCCGGUGGGGUGUCUAAUUAGACCCCCUUGAUUAUCUUAUGCAACGAUCAUAUACACCCUGCGAUUAAUUGGAUCGCAGGGCCGGUGUGAGUGUCGGGGUUUUUUAAAUUUUAUUUUAAAUCAGCCAGCUGGAUGAAGGCCUCCCCACCCCACCUCCAUCCCUCGCAUCCCCGCGUUUCCUCAUGCACGCACGCACGCGAACUUGACUAAUCUCGUCGCUCCAUCUCCUCCGUGGGGGUCCCGGCCCGCCGGCCGCCGUCGCGAUGGUGGCGUCUCCUGCCCAAGCCCCCGCGUGGCUUCUCCCGCGAUGUCGACCGCCAAUUGCGCUUCUCUCCCUACAUUUUUCCCCGAUCCGUGCGCUCAACUUUCGAGUCUCUCGGUGCUAUUCCCAGCGCCUCGCCACGUUCAUUUUCCGUUCAUUUUCCUGCACUUCUCCUCCGCCGGCGGGCACCUGUCAGCAGACCUAGGCGAAGCGCACGUUCACAUGUCGCACGACAGAGCUCCAGCGGCGGUUGCGUACACGCGACCGGGAAUCGAACCCUAGCCUGCGCGCCGCGUGGCUAAAGCACCGCACCACUGCUCCCUCCCUCCCUCCCCCUCCUCUCCUCUCCUCCCAAACCACAUGCGCCCGCUCGCAGGACCGCCAGGCACCAUCAACAUGGAAUUAAUUUGUCCGAGUGAGUUCAAUAAUCUGCGUCAUGAUUGCAUCCAACUGCUCCACCCGUCCCGGCCUCUUGAGUCCACGACGGCCGCCGCCUCGCGCACGGCGGGCACAAGGCGCAGCCCCUGCAAGCGCUCGCUCGCACGCCGCCACCUGGGCGGACGGGGAUUUUAAGGCGCAGGGGAGGACGAAAGAAACUUGCCGUGCCGGGAGACGGAGUGGAACCACCGACUUUGUGGAUCGCGAGUCCCAAGGUGCCAACCAUCGCAAGCCCGUCAAAACUCGCGUCUGAAAGAGUGUGACCUGCGGUUUGUUGCUCGUCAGAAGGAGAGAGAGGAGGGAGAGACCCGCGGCCCGAAGCAAACCAAACAGCUCUCUCGUAGGUCGUGAAAUUAUAACAAUCACGGCAAUGAUUUGCAGCCGCUUUUGUCCAUUCAUUCCGCCCAAACGCUCUCAGACACGCGGGUUGCUUGGCCAUACCUCACCACGCUGGUCGGUGCCGAUUGGUGAAGGAGGGAUGGUUUAGGAAUCGCGCCGGUAAGCCGUGACUGGCAAUCGGAUUCGGGUCACGGUGAUCAGAGGGAAAUGCGUCAAGCGCUGGGCCAAAGCCGCUUCACCCCAGGUAAUGAAAUAACAGACGAAAAUAAAUGAAUAAAUAACUCUAUAAAUUAACAGACAGCAGGGUAGAGCCAGUUAAUUAUUGCUUGGAUGGGAAAUUUCAUGGAAAUACCACGGAGUUGUCGACUUGGACUGCAAGGUUUUCCAGACUGGGCAGUGCAGCAGCGGAUUAAUGAAUCCAUCUUCUGUUGUGCUUGUAUUGUUACACAAUAAUUUACGCGUUUGUGCAGGAGAGCCACGUUGCGUUACAGCACUUUUUCUGGAGGGUUCGGCUUUGGGUUUUUCUUUAAAAAUAUUUGCAGCCAAUGAACGACGAGUGUCCAUACACAUGGGAGGAGACCGGAGCUCCCGGAGAAAAUCCACGCACGCAAAGGGGGCAACGCUCUAUCCCCAUACGGAUGAAAACUGAUGGCUAUUAGUCCACCCGCUGUCUCGCCUUCUGGCAAGCCAGGAUAUGCAACAUCCUCGACGCUCACAGGCAGGGAGUUUCAUAACAUCUGUGCGGUGAUCCACAAGCAAGUGGAAGCACAACACCACCUCAUCCCGUCCAAUACAGAAACCAUCAUGUCUUCUCUUUAUAUAUAUGUGUGUGUGUCUUGAACACGGUUCGCUGGGCGCAGGACGAAUGGCACAAAAAGUCAGGCAGCCAGCAACAAUUGGCACUUAUCAAAGUUGUUACAAUGUAAGAAUGUAACGUGUUUCUUGAAUUGAGCGAGGUUGUUUUUCGAGCAAUGGUGGAAAAAGACGACGGAGAUGCGUUGUGACCUGCGGUGUGGUGAGCGAGUGGGCGGGUGAGCGAGUGGGCGGGUGAGCGAUUGAGCGGGUGAGCGAUUGAGCGGGUGAGCGGGUGAGCGAGUGAGCGGGUGAGCGAUUGAGCGGGUGAGCGAGUGGGCGGGUGAGCGAUUGAGCGGGUGAGCGAGUGGGCGGGUGAUCGAGUGGGCGGGUGAGCGAGUGGGCGGGUGAGCGAUUGAGCGGGUGAGCGAGUGGGCGGGUGAGUGAGUAGGUGAGUGAGACGAAACUCAGAGUGAAGUCCAUGGGAACGUUAACCAUGUUAGUAGCGAUAGAAGAGUGUUAAGGAGACGACUGUCCGCUGGAGGAUGAGUGACUGGGGUGAGUCGGUGAGUGCUGGCUCAUCGGUCAACCUGCCUGCUUCCUCUGCGUUGCAUCAAGUGCGGAGAGCCAGGAACGGGGUAGCCCUUCCCAGAUGUGGCAGCAGUAAUAUGCAAGCAAUCGAGAAGCAUUCCAUACAGGAACUUCUUCUUUCACGGCACCUCCCUCGUCUCGUGUACGGUGCCUUAGUGCGGCUCGGAGAUCAUCGUCCGCCUCCGCUGCGUUCCAAUAAAUUGCGAUGCGCACGUCGCAAUGUCCUGCAGACGCGGUGUCUGGCUGACCGGUUAUGGGCUGACGAGCGGUUAAUGCGGCGGACAGAGCCCCGUGGAGGAUAAGCAUCCUGGCACGUGUUGUCAACACCACUGCCGGCACGUGUUGUCAACACCACCGUGGCCUGAAAAGGACAAAAAAGCUAAUCGGUGACGUUUCGGACAAUUUCCCCUUCUUCACUUGCGUGUUAAUGAUGAAGGGGCGUUACCAGAAACGUCACCGAUUACAUACUUUACCGUUUAGGGGCACAGUGUUGUAACUGGCGUGUGUGUUACACGAGUGUUGUUGAUAACCGUGCUUGUGCACAAAUGCCAUCAUCAAAUACAGGGGUGCUUUAAAAAAAUGUUAACACUUACAUGGGACUAUCGUUUUUAAUGGAAAAAGAACGUAUAAUAAUACACUGUAACAUCACAACAAAUGUAAUUUUUCAAAUUUCUUUCUGUGGAUUUCACACCUGAUGAUGAUUGCUUGUGUUGCAGUCGAAACGUCGUGAGAAUGUUUUAUUGUUUUAUAUUAUUUUAUUAUUUCCCUUCUACGUGAAUUUACCGAAAGAACCAAUAAUUUAAUAACAAAUGUAAUGUUAAUAGCUUCAACAAGUCAGUCUCCAAUUGUUCGCCAUCAUUGUCAACACAUGCCUGGAAUCGUUUUGAACCGCCGUUUAUAUUUUGUCAAAUCCAUGGAGGAGAUCCUCCACUGGACGCGUCUCCCAGACCCUCAUCCACGACGGUCCCCGCUGUCUUCUUGGUUCUUUCGGUAAAGUCACGUAGAAGGGAAGUAAUAAAAUAAUAAAAAUAAAACAUAAUAAAACAAAGGUCCCCGCUGUGUUAGCCCGAUGUUCGCCCGAUCUGUUUGUUUUUGAAAACGCCGCUUCGCAACACGCGAUUCGUGGGGCGACGCUCAAAACCACACCGCUCACAGAUGUUCUGCGCAGAUGGCUUCACCCCAAACCCUGCAUGCUGCACUGCCCUCUCCGGACCCGCCUCGCGAACACUGAUCCGUACGCGGUCCGCCAACCCUAGCCGACAUAUCUCUGGAUGAUCGCAGGUGCGUUGCGUGUGUGAAUUUGAGUCGCGCUAUUUAUAUUUGACGGGGAAUGAAUUUAUUUGGUGCUGGGAUGAUUUGGGACGGGGAGGUGUGGUAAUGCAUGUUUGCCGUUAUCGUUUUGUUUUUGUGUUAUUACCCCCAAACCACCACCGCCCCCAAACCAGCACCUCCUUACCUUUGUCACGAAGACGUUUACAUUCGCAAGGAUCUCGGUGAGCAGUGCACUACCCCGUGUCAGAGAACGAGGUGACGUCACGGAACUACAGCUGCGGCUAUAUCCAAUUGCCUCCGAUCCACGUGGCGUGUUCCAAUUUGUUCAGAUCCUCACAGAUGGAGGAGUUUGAGCAAAAGUUAAGGGGACGACCGAAUGUAAUGCUGGGAGGUUUUGUGCGUGUGCGUGUUCAGGCAACGGUGGCUGAGCUGAGACCAUCAGCUCCCGUGAUACUUGAGAACGCGGUUUAACCACAGGCGGUCGAAACGCGGAUUCAAGUUUAAAUAAAGUUUUAAUUGUUUAAGCAGGUGGCAACUCAAGGGACCAGUAUAGUCUCAAUUUGCAAAGCUGUCCUGGGGCUUCAGCCUGCCAGUAGGCGGCUAUGAUCACGAUAGGGUAUCAUCCCAGUGGCGCUAUUUGCGGUAGAAUGUUUCAAAUCAGGACCCUGACGCGGGCACCCAAUUGGCCGACUCUUGCGAUGGACGGCAGGGUAUCCUUGAACGUCCACCGUGAAGCAGACGCAGACGGGAGUGUUAUUCCGGUCAUCACACGCCGCAGUAUUAACCGGGGCGGCCGCUUUAACUGAACCGUGAACCUCUGCGCCAGCAACGCGGCACCGCGAGGCCGCGCCACCAGCCGGAUUCGAACCCAGCGACUUGGAGACAGCCACCCAGCCACCCGUAUGCUCUCCGUCCUUGUUCAACUCUUUUACAUAUAUGUGUGUGUGUUUUAAGGGUAUUUAUUGUUUUUGUUCCAGCAGCAGCAGUAGUAGUAAUGCCCCUUGCUGUGCGUGGAAUGUGGGUGUUGUGUUUAUUGCGUUUUGUUCACCGAAACAACUCCGAUUAUGGUCAACUCCCCCGAUAGCUCCUUGCGCCUCUACGCUCGUCACGGCGCUCGUGUGCACGUUACUUGUUGGUCACCGGUCGGUGUUUGAAGUGACGGGACGGACGAUUUUACAAACAAACAAACACAAAAACCGGCGGUUGUUACAAUCGGGGGAGAAACGUAUGUCCGCGGUGAAAUGAUCGUUUGCUUUGUUUCAAUAAAUUAAUCCUCUGCACUCUCAAA